AUGACACCCAAGUUCUUUGUCAUCGCACGCGUUGUUGGGCGAGAUGGAGCCAUUGAUCUUUGGAAAGACCGGCUUGUUGAAUUAUGCAAAGUGUCAGCUACAGAACCAUACGGCGACUCGUACUACUGGGGUCAAGAUGUCGAUGGUGAGCCCGACACGCUCUGGGGUCUAGAAGGAUAUACGCACCCCAUUGGAUUCUUCAUCGACCAUGUUUCAUCGGAUAUCUUCAAAAGAGAGAUGGCGCUCGUUGACAAGGACGAACUUCUACGAACGACCCAAGGGCUGGGAAGUCCGGACUACGACCUCCAUCAUUACGAUGAAUACGCAGGGUUUCUCAAGAGGGCUGAUGAUGUCGAAAGAGAUUCUGUGCAGAGUUUCGUGGUUGUGAAGCACUAUUGGGCUCAGGAUGAGAAUCUGAGAAACGAGAUGUUAAAAGGACUAGCACAAUUCGCUGAGGAAUUGGCUUCUGGCUCUCCUCAGGUUCAGAGUGCACUGGUGCUGAAGGAAUGUCGGGAUACGAGCAUGGCAAGUAUAUGGCUAAGGCUGCCCUCGGAGGACCAGUGGAAUUCAUUGGAGCGAUCCAGUCGAAUGCAAGAACUUGUUGAUGGUUUGAAAGCGAACUGUAUUCGUAGCGAAACACAUCGGUCUCAGGCCUUUAACGGCCAUCUAGGGAUCAAGGGCUAG